CGGAUCUACGGGUACAUAUCAGACUCCCUGCCGCGCGAUGGCAGAUUAUCGAACUCAAAACUCGGUUUGUGCUCGUCUUGUUUCCUCUCCGCCAUCCACGCCACCCAAGGACGCCUCGGUCGGUGGCUCACUGAGGUCGGGUCGACCCGGUCCUAUUCACGUCGAACCUUGCCUUGCCGCUCAGCUCCUGGGCUCUAUAUACGGCCGUAGCCGAGUACAUUCACGGACGCUCUUCCACAAACGACACGCAUGGACGCCCUACUCAAUCCUUCGCCCUCACCCUGGCUUCUUCUCGUUGGACUCGUCGUCGUAUUCUCGAUUUUUGUGCGGGCCUACAGCACGCGCAGCCGCACCUCGCUACCACUUCCUCCGGGACCGCCACCGCUGCCGUUCCUUGGAAAUGUUCUCGAUUUCCCUAAGAAGCACCUUGGGCCCGAGUUCCACGCGCUCUCGCAGAAGUACGGCGAUGUUGUCAGUCUCAAAGUGCUCGGACGUUCCGUCAUCCUCGUCGACACAUACGAGGCGGCAUGCGAACUGCUCGAGAAGAGGUCUGCGAAUUAUUCACACCGUCCACACCUGGUCAUGGUUGACAUGACGGAGCUGGACUGGAUAUUCGUCUUCCAGAACUACGGCCCUCAUUGGCGCAAGUAUAGACGUGCUCUGCAGCAGGCCUUCGUUUCCGAAGCCAUAACCCGUUACUUCCCCGUGCAACUGCAGACCACACGCGACCUUCUGCGGGCGCUGCUCGCCACCCCCGGCAAUUUCUCCGCCCACAUCAAGUUCUCCUUCGCAGCGACGAUUCUCCGGAUCGUCUACGGGCUGGACGUGACCCCGGGCGACGAGGCGUACUACACCCUCGUCGAGCGCCUUGCAACCGUCACGAACGACAUCGCCACGCCUGGUCAGUUCCUGGUGGAGGCAUUCCCAAGCCUGCAGCGGCUCCCCGCGUGGUUCCCCGGGGCCCGCUUCAAACGAGUCGCUGCGGAGUGGCGUGCAGAGAGCAUCUCCAUCCGAGACCAGCUCUAUGCUUCCGCGAAAGAGGCAAUGGGCUCGCGUGGGGUGAACGAGUCCAUCAUAACUAGGUUGACAGACGACGGUGCGGAGGACACGCUGGUGAGGGACGUCACGGCCACGAUCUAUUCAUCCGGAGCGGAUACAACGAACGCAGCUGUGCACGCAUUCGUGCUCGCAAUGGCAAUGUACCCCGACGUGCAGCGCAAGGCGCAGGCAGAGCUCGACCGCGUCGUUGGCCCGGACCGCCUCCCCGACUUCACCGACCGCCCACACCUCCCGUACGUCUCCGCGCUCGUCAAGGAGGUCUUGCGCUGGCAUGUCAUCGCGCCCGUGGGCGGUGCGCACCGUUCCGCGGCAGACGAUGAGUUCCGCGGCUUCCACAUCCCGUCCGGCGCGCUCGUCAUCCCAAAUUUGUGGGCGAUGUCGCGCGACCCCACGCAUUACCCAGACCCUGAGCGCCUUGACCCCGAGCGGUUCCUCCUUGACGGCCAGCUGAACCCUGACGUGCGCGACCCUACUACUUUCGUAUUCGGCUUUGGCAGGCGCAUCUGCCCCGGGCGCAUCUUCGCGGAGUCCUCCCUUUUUAUCACCUGCGCAUCCAUCUUGCACGCAGUCGACGUCAGCGCCCCGCUCGAUGCUUCUGGAGCACUGCGCAAGCUCGAGAUGAAGGCUGCGAGUUUGGCUGUCGCACACCCAGAGCCAUUCGAAUGCCGCAUUGUAGCGCGCAGCCCGCAUAUGGCAGAGCUCGUCCGUUCUAACGACUAAUCCCCCCUUGGCACUUGCCAGCUUCACGACUUCACGAGUGACGACUAUUUAUUGCUCGUACACGCUCCCUUGCUUUCCACCCGCGGUUGGUCCCUGUAGAUUCAGUUAACCGCAGUUCCCGCGCACGACGCGCCCACGUAUCAUAUGUACUCUCCUCUAUGUUGUAGAUUGUUGUAUUAUUCGGAUUCGGGGUGGCUCCGCCUUCCC